AUGGGGGCCUUAAGUACAACGGUUCGCAAAUAUAAAAAGAAAACAUCGAGGGGAGAGUGGUCCAAAGAAAGUAUGAAACAGGCCGUUGAAAAAGUCUUAAACAAAGAAAUGGGUUACCGCAAAGCGGCAUUGCAAUAUUCAGUGCCACAAACAACGUUGGAAAGACACGUCAAUGCGAUUAAAACCAAAGGUGAAAUGAACUUAGAUUUACCGUUAGGGCCAAUUACAACAGUGUUCAGUAAAAAAGAAGAAAAUGAAUUAGUCGAAUAUUUGAAAGAAAUGGAAGCAAGGUUAUUCGGACUUAGUACGCUGGAGCUGAGAAGUUUGGCCUAUCAAUUGGCCGUCAAAAAUGAUAAAUAUAAGUUAGGGCCUGAUAGGAUUUACAGCUGUGAUGAAACAGGCAUCUCAUCGGUUUCUAAAACAAAAUCCAAGAUAAUUUCACGCAGGGGUAGGAAGCAAGUGGGAUCAUUAUCGUCAGCUGAACGAGGACAAACAGUUACCGUCGAAAUUUGUGUUAGCGCUGCAGGAAGCUAUAUGCCGCCAAUGCUAAUCUUCCCUCGCAAGCGCAUGAAAGCUCAAUUAUUAAACAACUCGGCACGAGGAACAACUUCCCAUUGUAAUGCCAGCGGAUGGAUGACUACAGACGUAUUUGUCUCUUGGUUCAAAAGUUUCAUUCAAUUCAGUAGAGCAAGCAAAGACAACCCUGUGCUGCUUUUACUCGACGGUCACGCUACUCACACCAAGAACAUCGAGCUUAUAGACGUUGCUAGAGAAAACGGCGUGGUUAUAAUCUGCUUCCCCCCUCAUUGCACACAUAGGCUUCAACCACUAGAUGUUUCUUUUAUGAAGCCCUUGAGUGUAUACUAUGACCAAGCUGCAAUCGCUUGGCUUAGGUCCAAUCCAGCUUGUAUACAAGCCGCCAUCAUGUCCACAGCCAUCAACGGAUUUCGUAAAUGCGGUAUAUGGCCAUUCAACCCUGAGAACUUUACAGAUGCCGAUUUUCUUGCUGCAGAAACAACGAACAUAAAUCUUAUGGGGAUGAGCAAGUUCCUCAACCACAUGCUAGUACAAAUUCAGUUAUUCUUCCUUCUACCAUCCGCCAAAAUCAAAAACAUUCAGACAAACAUAAGUAACAAUGACAUUCCGUCUACCAGUUUCCAUCAACUUUCUCAACCAUACGUGUUGAUAAAUGAAGUUCUCCCCGAGGUUGUCCAUCUACUAGCUAUCAGGCCCAUAUAG